AUGCCAGGCGCUACAACCGAUCUGCAGCUAGAGGAGGUUCGGGAGGACGAGGCUAUCGCGGCCCUAGUUUCCCUAGAGCAACGAGGUCCGACGCCCGCUGGUACUCCCCCGCGUCGUGAGCCAAAUGUUGCCGGUGCGCAAGGGUCUGCCGACAAGAGGACGCUAAGAGGGCGAUUGCAUGAAGCCGGAGGAUCCUUCGCCGAAAUGAACAUCGCCGGUAAGGGACCACCGACUUUCAUACUUAGUAUGCCAGGCUCCUCCUUGGGUGGCGAGCGGAGCAGUGCUGGUGGGGUCGCAUUUGCAACCACAGUGAACGCGAACACUCCGCACCGGCGGCUUGGACAUCUCAACUUCCGGAGCAUGAAACUGCUACGUAAAAAGGAGGAAAAUGAAGUCGAUUUCUCGGACUCCAUGACGCCGUGCGACAUCUGCGCCAUCAGCAAGAGCACGCAGCUAGCACAUCCGAAGAAGACGUCUCGCGAGACGACCGCACCUAUGUUACUGGUGUACACCGACAUCAUGGGAAAAACCACCCCUCUCGCAAAGGGAGGCUUUGGGUACGUUUCCAUGUUCAACGACGCAUACUCGCGGAUAAAAGAAAUCUACCUGCUCAAGGCCAAAUCAGAGACCGUUCGAGCGCUUCACGCCUACAACAUGCAGGUGGCUGCUCCGCUAGGCCGCGGCAUUGAGAUCAUUCGGUGCGACAGAGGAAGGGAAAACGUCGCCAACGAGUUCACCACGUACUGCAUGGACUCAGGCAUCACUAUCGAAUAUGCCGCGACCAACACGCCUCAGCAGAAUGGCGUGUCCGAGCGAGACGGGCAAACCCUGACGACAAUUACCCGAUGUCUCAUGAAGAAUGGAGCCUUUCCGCCUACCCUGUGCGGGGAACUUAUGAUGACGGCAGUGUACCUUUCCAACCGGUCACCUCAUUCGGCACUGGGAGGCGUCACCCCGUACUUUAAGAUGUACCGCAAGGAAGCGGACCUGUCUCGCCUGCGGGUCAUCGGCGCCAGAUCUUUCGUGGAAAGCAAGAAGGUGACCUUCAUUGAGACACCAGCUUACUCCAUGCCACCCAGUGUGCUCGAUGACGACAACUUCUACGAAAGCGACGUCCUGAACUUCACGUCUGUUCUAGGCAAGGUAUCCACCAGAGAAGACGAGUUCGAUGGAUCGGGAACCCUCGACACCGUCGACCUGGAAACCGAGAAUCAGUUCCUCCGACAAGAGAUCUGCCGUAUGCGACACAACGACUUGAUUCGGGUAGAGAUUCAACGACAGGCAAUCGACGCGGGACACGACACUCCACCCAGCCCGCCGAGCUCAGCAAGGAUCCUUGGAGGAGGAGCGCAUCAAAAUCCCGAACACCUCAAGGAAGCUAUCAACUCGCCACAAGCGCCACAGUGGAAAGCAGCUAUCGCAAAGGAGAUGGACCGUCUGGCGAAACAAAAGGUCCACAAGUCGGUCCCCAUCACCAGCGUUCCCAAGGAAUCCAAGAUCCUAGGUACAAGGUCUGUCUUCAAACAGCAAGCUGACAGGAAAUUCAAGGUCAGACUGGUGGUUCAAGGCCAUGUGCAGGAGUCUGGCAUCGACUUCGGGAGGAGCUACGCACCGAUAGACAUCGCCGUGGCGUUUCUGCAGUCUGCAAUUCACAAAGACGUCUGGGUCAAGCCCGCCCCCGGACAGGACACAAAGCAUCCCGCGACUGGGGAAAUCAUUGUCUACAAGCUCGAACGCAGUCAUUAUGGGCGUUCACAGUCGCCAGUGCUCUGGUUCGACACCAUGGGAGACGUGCUGGUGGUGAUCGGAUUCAGGCCCACACACCCCUGCGUAUUCAUAUACGGAAGCGGCGGCACUCUCGUCAUCCUCACGCUGUACGUCGACGACAUCCUCAUCAGCGGAAAGGACCCCGAGCUCGUAGCUGGCCUAAAGAAAGAACUCCACGACCGCUUCGAAAUGACGGACGUGGGGGAAAUCAGCCUCAUUCCAGGCAUGCAAGUCACGCGCAGCUACGAGAAAGGCACACUGUCUCGCAGAACAACUACAUCAAGACUAUCCUGGAAAGUUUCGGCAUGGAAAACUGCAACCCCGCCAGCACUCCAGGACAUGGACCGCAACUCUCUACUGAUCAGCCAGCGGACAAGCUACUCGGAAAGGCAGACACCAAACUGUACCCGUCCAUCACAGGCAGCCUGCUCUACCUGGCUCAAUGCACCAGCAUCAGCCACGACGGUCGUGAUGGUAACAGCAUGGACGAAUCGUACGAGUACCACCAACAGCGCGACAGCGAGCGUCGCCGCUCGCUCUCCGAGUGGAACGCCGGAGAUGGAGAAGAACGGUGAAUCCUCAUCCGCGAUUUAGUAGGCGGGGAAAGGCGCCGUCGCGCGCACCACUUCAAAGACGAAAAGGGAAUUUGGUGAAAACGGCCGCACAGUCAACCAAGACUUUCUGCCGACGGCCUCCAGCCUCGGCCCCCGGGAGGUAUUCGCGUCGAGGAUGAUGGAACUGGGCUUCGGACAUGACUGAGCCUUCCACAGCAUGCUUGAAUCGAUGCUGUCAUCGAAAAAUUUGGUUGAUGUUGUCCAGAUCGAGUUCGUCUUUAAGGAUGCCACUUGGAACUUCCUCAUGGCCUCGUAGUCAUGGAAAGCUCCCAUCACGAAGACCGCGACGGCCGCUUCGACUUCGAGACGGCUACCCACAUCAGGGAGAACUAUUCCAAACAAGGGUAUAUCUUUCUUUUAAUCAGGACAAAUACCUCUCACCUGAGCAAAGAUCAAAAGCAAUGUCUGUGGAGAUCGAUCAUGUAGGACAACCAAGCAGGAGUGGUGCGACUUCAAGCGGUGACUGGCGACAUCCAACAGCAGUCACAAGGUUCCUCACAAGGUCCAUAAUCAGCGUAUCAGGUUCAGCACUCACAAGGGUUGGCAGUUGGUCAGACACAAGGGCAAGGAUAUGGCUCAGUUUCUCUCGCGUGAUCGGCGGU